AUGGUUGAAGCCGAGCCAGGAACUCCCACAUGGAAGUUCACCCAGUGCUUCGGCGACAAGGGCGAAGUAGACGACAUUACCGAAGCUGACAUAAUAUCCACUGUCGAGUUCGACCACACCGGCAACUAUCUCGCUACCGGUGACAAGGGCGGUCGAGUCGUCCUAUUCGAGAGAAAUGAAACGAAAAAGACGUGCGAGUAUAAGUUCCACACCGAAUUUCAAUCCCACGAACCCGAAUUCGACUACCUGAAAUCCCUCGAGAUCGAAGAAAAGAUAAACAAAAUCAAGUGGUGCCGUCGGCAGAAUGCAUCUCAUUACCUACUCUCUACCAAUGAUAAGACGAUCAAGUUGUGGAAGGUCUUCGAAAAAUCACUCAAAGUCGUCGCCGAGAACAAUCUGGGCGGAGAGGUCACCCCGGCAGGUCCAGGCGGUGGCGGCACCCCCAUCCCAGCCAAAUUCAAGACCGCGAAGCAGCUCAAACUUCCCCGCAUGACCCAUCACGAUACAGUCGUAGCAGCUGUACCUCGUCGGACAUACGCCAACGCUCACGCCUAUCACAUCAAUAGUAUCUCCGUCAACAGUGAUGGCGAGACCUUCAUCAGCAGUGAUGAUCUCCGGAUCAACCUGUGGAAUCUCAACAUCCAGGAUCAGAGCUUCAACAUUGUUGAUAUCAAGCCUGCGAAUAUGGAGGAGCUGACAGAGGUCAUCACAGCUGCCGAGUUUCAUCCUCAAAGCUGCAAUUGGUUCAUGUACGCCAGCUCAAAAGGCACCAUAAAGCUGGCCGACAUGCGUGAAAGCGCCCUCUGCGACCAGCAUGCGAAACAAUUUGAGCAGGAAGAGGACCCAUCGUCAAGAUCCUUCUUUUCCGAGAUAAUCUCCUCCAUUUCCGACGUCCGCUUCUCGAACGACGGCCGAUACAUUCUAUCCCGAGACUACCUCACCGUCAAGAUCUGGGAUGUCAACAUGGAACGGCAACCAGUCAAGACAAUCCCAAUCCACGAACAUCUGCGACCUCGUCUAUGCGACACUUACGAAAACGACAGCAUCUUUGACAAGUUCGAAGUCGUCUUCAGCGGUGACGGCAGCAACGUCAUGACCGGCAGCUACAACAACAACUUCAUGAUCUACCCCUCGGACCCGGAAGUCGAGACCGAAGUCGUCCUCCAAGCUGACAAAUCUGCCUUCAAAGCUAAGAAAGUUGGAGUGCCCACACCCAUUAACUCAACCAGCCCCAACGGCAACAAGAAGGGCGGCUCUCGAGCCGGAAGCCCGGCGGCGACGACGGGACAGGGUAGCCGAAUGCGCAAGGAGACUGAUGCGGACCAGAUUGACUUCAACAAGAAGAUCCUGCAUAUGAGCUGGCAUCCGUUCGAGGAUAGCAUAGCCAUUGCCGCAACCAACAAUGUGAGUAUUUGGAAUCUCUCAAAUUGUCGUGCCUCCCCUGCGCCUUCAGACGCGUCUGCAUCGUCGUCGGGGUGGUCUACUAUCAACCAUGAUGACGACCCUGAAGGUCAUGUUAUGGAUGAUGAUGAUGACCUUCCGGUGGUUGAGUAUACAUACCCCGACUGA